AUGUCUAUACGUCCUCGCAAGCCUUCGAUACCUGAACCUCCACACGGGUACGAGUUUUUUGGUCCUCCUGGUGCUUUUCUGAUCACCUUCGGUCUUCCUGUUCUGGUCUACGCUACGGCAUUCCUCUGCAACGAUGUCUCUGGCUGUCCUGCACCAGCUCUACUACACCCCAGCACUCUCACCUGGGCCAAACUGAAACAUCAGAUCCCAUGGCCACAAGAUGGCAUACGAGGUGUACAUUCGUGGGAGGUUACUGCAUGGGUAUCGGCAUACUACUUUCUCAGUCUAUUCCUACAGCUGCUCCUACCUGGUGAGUAUGUUGAAGGUCUACAGCUCUCCUGCGGUGGUCGACAUACCUACAAAUUCAAUGCUUUCAAUAGUGCUAUCCUACAGCUUGCGGGACUUGCAUUCGGCACUUUAAUCCAAGGCAGUGAUUUUGUGGUAUGGACAUAUAUCUGGGACAACUUCAUUCAAAUCCUCACUGCCAAUAUGCUCAUUGCAAGCACAACCGCCGUCUUCGUCUACCUUCGUUCCUUCAGUGUCCCUCGCGCAGGUCAACCAAAUCCUGAACACAGAGAACUCGCAAAAGGUGGACAUAGUGGGAAUAUGCUCUACGACUUCUUUAUUGGUCGUGAGCUCAAUCCUCGUAUUACAUUUCCAGAAGGACUGCCAUUCGGAAUAGGAGGACAAGUACUUGACAUCAAACUCUUCAACGAAAUGCGCCCGGGUCUUACUGGUUGGCUCAUACUCAAUCUUACCUUCGUCGCCCAUCAGUACCGAACACAUGGUUUCAUCUCAGACAGCAUCAUCCUCAUCACAGCAUUUCAGGGUCUCUAUGUCCUCGACGCUCUGUACAUGGAAUCUUCAGUCACCAGUACCAUAGACAUUACCAACGAUGGUUUCGGAUAUAUGCUUUCCUUCGGUGACCUGGUCUGGGUCCCUUUCAUCUACACGAUCCAGGCCCGCUAUCUUGCUGUCCACCCACAUGUCCUAGGUCCUUUCGGGAUUGCUAUCGUCCUAGGCGUUCAAGCUCUGGGCUACUGGCUAUUCCGCUCCGCCAACAAUGAGAAGAAUCGUUUCCGCCAAGAUCCCAAUGAUCCACGUGUAUCUCAUCUCAAGUAUAUUGAGACUGCUGCUGGUACCAAACUGAUUACUUCUGGCUGGUGGGGCACAGCUCGUCAUAUCAAUUAUCUUGGCGAUUGGACUAUGGCCUGGAGUUACUGCUUACCGACUGGUGUUGCAGGAUAUGUUAUCAACAGAUACACAAACCCUGUGACAGGCACUGUUCACAAAGAGGUUGAGCAAGGCGAGGCCAGAGGUUGGGGAAUAAUAUUCACAUACUUCUACAUCGUCUAUUUUGGCGUGCUGUUGGUACACAGGGAGAUGAGGGACGAGGAGAAGUGCAGGAGAAAGUAUGGCAAGGAUUGGGAUAGGUACUGUGAGAAGGUGAGGUGGAAGAUCUGGCCUGGUGUGUAUUGA